CGAGUACCUGCAAUCAACAAAAUUAGUUGAUAUGCCACCAGAGUUGGCUAAAAAUUACGUGGCUUUGAGAGUUUUAGGAUAUGGUAUUUAUGGACCAGUUACAUUAAUAUAUUCAAAAACUGAUUAUUGUCCAUUGGCAUUAAAAUGUUCAAGAACAAAUAGCAUAGAUGAGAGAGCUUAUCAAGAUAAUUUUAUGAAUGAAGUUGAUAUAUUAAAAGGAUUAAAACAUCCAAAUGUUAUUAAAAUAGUACAUGAAAUAAAUACAGAAUCUGAAAUUUGUAUCAUGCUUGAGUUCAUGCAAGGUGGUAAAUUAUUUGAUAGAAUUACCAAAAAUGGUGGUUUAUCAGAAAAACUAACGAAAUUUUAUUUCUAUCAAAUUGCAACUGCUGUUGAGUAUCUUCAUGACAAAGGAAUAACACAUCGUCAUCUUAAACUAGAAAAUAUAUUAUUAUUAGAUAAUGAUGAAUAUACACUUGUCAAAUUAACUGAUUUUGGUUUCUCAGAACGGAUUAAUCAUGAAGUAAAGAUUAAGAAAUUUCAUAGUACAUCAUAUUAUGAUGCACCAGAAAUAUUGAAAAACGAAGAAAAAACACAGUAUACAAGUCAAGUAGAUGUAUGGAGUUUGGGUGUUAUGUUGUAUGUUAUGUUGAGUGGCUGUCUACCAUUUACAAAAAGAGGAAAUAAAGAUCUUUUGGAUGUGAUUAGAGAAGGCACAUAUGAUUUUACACCAGAUAUAUUUAAAAAUAUAUCUGUAGAAGCCAAAAAUUUGAUUGAUAAGAUGCUAACGGUCAAUCCAAACGAUCGUUACACAGCUCCAAGAGUUCUUGCAAGUUCAUGGCUGGAUGAUACAGAACUAAUGGAAAAAAUUUCACAAACUUUAAAACCGCAUAUUAAUAUUGAUAAUAAUGAUAAUGAUAAAAUUAAAAGUCAAAAUUUUGAUAGAGGAAUUGGUAGCAAAUGAA